AUAAUAAUGAGCUUAUGAGUCUUCUUAGUGAUUUAAAUCUUAUUGAAGUUGGGGAAGAUGGGAUUGCCGUCAAUUUUGAAGAUAAUGAUGAAUUAUCCCCGCUUAAUAUAGCCGAUUGGAUUGAAUUUGUGACUUAUGGCCUUACAGAUGAUUUGGACGAAAAACUUAAAUUAAUAGAAUCAGAUCAUUUUGAGUGGGUCGAAGAAUUCAAGAUGCUCAAUAGCGAUUCUAUAAACAUUCCGGCUUUACUUAAAACAGAUGAUCUUGUUAUUGUUUCUGCAUCUGUCAAUAAUGAAGCAUGUCCUAAAGAAUUCAAAUCGUGGAAACAAGUGGUGGUUAUGACGACAAAGAGUUUGAGGUAG